AUGAAUCACAAAUUAGAUUCUGGCAGCGGCCUGAUCCUACAAUACCAAUGGGAAAGAGAGGCAGCUGUGUCUGAAGAACAGCACAAAGAUGCCGUUCAGCGGAUGGACAUCUAUAGGGAAUGGUUGAUUGCCACAAUGCUUGACAAAUAUACCAAUGAGGCUGAACCGUUGUCUGUUCUUCCAAUUGGAAACGUUGCUCUGAAUUAUAGGGACGAGUCGUCGCCAUCGCCCAGUUGGCAGUCUGCGCUAGAUCAGCUUGUUUUUCCACCCAUCUUAGGCGCCCCCGAUAUCGCUAUUACUAUUGGCGAGGUACCAUAUGAGUCAAAGAUCACCAAGAGAACUGAAUACUAA